AUGCAUUUACAAGAGUUUGGCUUUGAGGUUUUGGUAAAUGAUCAACCUUUACCAGAAUAUAAUCUUCCAGUUGAUGAGUCUGAUUUAAAUAAGACAUGCGUUUCUUACGUCACGGAUCCUUUAACACAAACAAAAAAAUACAGCGACGUUACAACAUAUUUUCCAGUCAUAAACCAAGGAGAAUGCUACAAGAUUAGGAUUGAAGCUAAACAAGCGAACCCGUCCAACAUCAUAAUCUCUCGUUUAUACAUAGAUGGACGAUCGGAUCCAACGCAACUAUUUCAUCAACGAUCAAGUUCAAGAACAAGGUCGUUAUCCACCAAUUUCUUUAAAUCUAGCAGAGCAUCUUCUAAACGUCUUAAAGUGCAAAAUAAAAAUCAAUAUGGAAAGCAUGGUUCCAUUGCAAUAUGUUUUUUCAGGGGGGUUAUCGUUGAUGAUAAUUCAUUACAAAAUCAACCAGGAUUAGCAGACAGAGGAUCAGACAAUAAUGAGAAUGAGGAUUUUGAUUAUACAACCGAAUUUGAUGUCAAGGACGCAAAUAUUCAACCUGCAACUGUAGCAAAAAUUGUUAACUUAAAACCUAUAGCUGAGUUACAUCUUCAUUAUCGUUCAGAGGAUUGGCUGACUAAUAGAGGAUUUUCGUUACCAAUUUUAAGUGAUGUCAAUGGAGAAAAGGAAGAGGAUGUGAAUUUAAUUACUGAUGAAGAAAAUAAAGUUAAUGAACUUCCAAAGCUAUCUCAAGUGCUCACGAAAAUUGAAAACAACAAUGCGAAACAAAUCGACGAACCUCUGGAAAUUGAAGCAAAUGGGAACGAUGUUAAUCCAAAAGUCAACAAAAAUGCAAAGAAUUCUCAAGAGCUCAUGGAAAUUGAUAAAUUAAUCGCUAAAGAAACAAGGAGACUUAAUGACAUUUCCCAGGAAAUUAUGGAAUUUGAAAGGAAGAAAAAGGAGGAUCAGAAUAUAUUGAAAAGAGCUCGUGAUGAAAUUGAUGAGAUUGAUAAGAUUUAA